GUUUCGUUUCAAACAGGGCAGCGACACUCGCUCACCCCUGUUUCCUUACCUAUCAUCUAUCUGCCCUAUUCGAGUACUCACUCUUUUUUUUUUCUUCGGUCAUCCUCGGAACACAGCACGAUUUACUCAAGCGAUUACAAACAAGAUGCUCCUCAACCUACAAACAACCCCACCCCCCUUCCUCCACGACACCUACACCCCGCGCUACAUCUUACUCUCCGAACCGGACUGCGCAAAGAAGCGAUCGCAAGCGUAUGCUCACCUGGCCAAAUGCAACUUGUGUCCGAGAAAAUGUGGAGUGAAUAGACUCGAGGGGAAAACGGGCUGGUGUUUGAUUGGGGAGAGGGCCAAGGUUAAUGUUAUUGCGCCGCAUUUUGGGGAAGAGCCAUGCAUUCAAGGUCAUCAUGGGAGUGGUUCGGUUUUCUUCAGCAUGUGCAACCUCCGAUGCGUCUUCUGCCAAAACCACGACAUCUCUCAUCAGCGUAACGGCAUGGAUUUGACCCCCGAAGAGCUAGGUGACUGGUACAUCAAGCUGCAAGAAGUCGGGAAUGUGCACAACAUCAACCUUGUUACCCCUGAACACGUCGUCCCCCAAGUAGCCCUCUCCAUCCUCCACGCGCGCUCCCUCGGCCACCGCAUCCCCAUAAUCUACAACACCUCCUCCUACGACUCCUUGGAGUCCCUAGCUUUGCUCGACGGGCUGAUAGACAUCUACCUGCCCGACUUCAAAGUCUGGGAACCGUCCACCUCCAAGCGGCUGCUCAAGGCCGAUGACUACGCCGCCACGGCUCGGGAGUCCAUCAAGGCUAUGCACGCGCAGGUGGGGGACCUGUGUUUUACGGGGGACGGCAUCGCCAAGAGCGGGGUGUUGGUUAGACAUCUGGUCAUGCCUGGCCUCGAAGAGGAAGGGGCAAAGAUUAUGAGGUGGUUGGCCGAGGAGGUGAGUAGGGAUAUGUUUGUGAAUAUUAUGGAGCAGUAUAGGCCAAGUGCGUAUGUGGGGAAGGAGAGGACUAGAGGUAGGAGGAAGGAGGAGGUGAAUGGAGAAGCGGCGGCGGCUGGUGAAGGUGAAGAAGGAAGAGGAGAGGAGAAAGAGAAGAAGAAGGAAGAAAGACGGUAUGCCGAGAUCAAUCGGGCUGUGAAGGGGGAGGAGGUGGAGAGUGUUAGGAAGGCGGCUGAGAGAGCUGGGUUGUGGAGGUUUUGUGAUCCGCCUAGGCAUGAUGGGUUCAACAUCUAGACUACUAGACUGGACUUACUAAUGUUUCUUGGUAUUCUCCUUUUGAAGCGCCGGUGACGACUGCUGCGUGGGGUAGUGUGGCGUAUAAGAUGGUGAGUUCGUGGGGAGGUGGGGGUCAUGGAAGGUCCAGUCUUGAGCUUGCUAUUCUCUGUUGUUUCCCUUCUAGAAUUGUCUUACUUGCACGUGGAUGGUGGUUGUCAAGAAACAUUCUUCGGCUCCGAACUGGAAACUUCCGGGGUCCGGAGUUGAAGAUCGCCUCUCCGAGAAAUUUGAAUUAGGGAAUCAGG